AUGUAUUUAAUUCCUCAAUUAAAAAAUUCAUUUAAAUAAAUUAAUAAAUUUUGGGUAUUACAAAUAAAUAGUAGACUUAAGAAAAAGAAAUUUUUAAAUAAAUAGACCUAGAUGCAAAAAAGUUUGAAAAGCCAAGCAAAAAAGGCAAAGAGAAUUUAAAUAAGGAAAUAAUCAUUUUCAUUGUAUUCCUAAAUAAUAAGGUUUUACAUUGAAGAUUUAAUUUCUAUAGCUAAAUGCUUCAAAAGAAGCUUCAAUUUGAGCAUAUUUUUGAUUUUAUUUAAACAGUUAGAGCAGUUAAUAGUAAUAUUUACACCAACAAUAGGACAAAACAUAUCAGAUAUAGAAAGCUACUUAUCUUUUAUAGAUACAUAUAGCAUCUAAAAGUUUUUACUAAAUAAUACAGUUUUUUGCCAAUAUUUUAAAUUUAUUAUACUAGGAUUUAAUGCUUUCAUACUGUUAUAUUUAUUUCUCAAAUUUAUCAUCAACACAAUUAGCGUUUAAAACUAGCAUAAGAACUUAAAGCUUUUCAACUUUAUAGACCAAAAAGAGAAAAACAAAAAGGAAAAUUCAAAACCGAUUAAUGAGCUUCUGUUUUCUAUAGUUUUUUAAACAUACAAUUACAUUAUUUUGAUUCCUUCUCUUGUUUUUUCUUCUAUAAAUUUAGAUAACAUAUCUGCAGCGAAUAUUGCUCUUACUAUUAUAAUAGCCUUAUUAAUAUCUACUAAUGAAUAUGAUUAUAUGAUUGUUUCUAAAGAUGCUUUGCGCUAAAAGUAUUUUGACUUGUAGAUAUUCUUGAAUACUUUCGAGAUAGUAAUUUAUAUUUUCGCUAUUAUUGCAGAUUCUAACGAAAGUAUGAUCUUAUUAGGGGUUUACUUUGCUUUAGAUUUGGUAAGGUUAAUCAUAUACUAACCCUUCUUUGAUAGAAAAAUACUUUAAUUCUGUACAUUUUUAAAUGUAUACAUACUGUUUAUAGUAAUAUUUUUAUAUAUUCUGUGUGUGACUUAGAAAAAGAGUGAACACUUACUCAGUAUUAUUAUUAUAAUAUUACUUCCUAUAUCAUACAAGAUAAGCGAAUACAUAGAAUUAUCUCUUAAACGCAGAAGCUACAAUAUGUUUUAAGAAUGCAUAAACGAAAAUAAAGGUGUUUAGCCUGAUGAUCUUAACUUUGUAAUCCGCAACGUGCUACUUAGCUCAGAAGAUAUGCCAUAAAAAAUAAAAAAUUAAGAAGAAAUAAAAAACAUAAGUUUUAUCAUCAAAUAUUAUGAAAUCUAAAUUUCAUAGUAAGUCAGAGAAAUGGAAUAAAUUCUUUACUAGUAAAGUUAAAGUUAUAAAUAAGAAGUAGUCAUAGAAGAUGAGCAUAUCACUCUAAUGAAUGGGUAUGAAGCAGAUACAAAAACUUUUGAGGGCAAAGAUUACAUAGUGAAAGAAUAAGUUUUUGGAGAAAACUCUGAAUUAAAAAGGGUUAUUAAUCUUUUUUUUAACGAUUUAUUCAAUCAAUUAAAAAGUAAGAAAGAAUUCGGGAUGUUAGACGUCUAUUACCUUGUUUUUAUUGUAGAAAUACUUUAAAACUAUUAGCUAUUCGAGCUUACAGUUGUGUAAAUGCAAAAGAAUAUAAAUAUUAAGUAUCAGCAAAUACUAAACUCCAUUAUGAUAGAAGUAGAGAAAAGAAAAAUCACUAUGUAGUUAGAAAACGAUGAAAAUUAGAUAUUUGGAUAAUCUUUCUUUGAAGCUCUUAUCUAUGAUGAAUUAAUUCUCUCAACUCAAAGUAUUUUAGAAGAGGCUGUCUAAAAGAAAGUUGGUUUAUUGCUCUUUAUGAAAUAGAAAUAUAUAAAUUUAGAAGACCUUUAAAAAACUUUAGAAGAGCUCUUGAAACUAAGAGAAGAAUUGGUAGAGGCUAUUUCUUUAAUGAUUAGAGUUAAUGAGUACAGCAACGACUUAUAUGAUAUUUAUUUAAACUAUCUAGAAACUUUAGCAUUCAGCGAAAAUGACAUCAAGCUUGAUAAGUAUAAUAGGUAUAAUAGUAACCAGCAAUAAAUCUUUUUUGAACUUAACUCGCAUGAAGCAUGUAUCUUAUUUGCUUCUAUUAAAAAUGAAAAAGACAUAAAGAUAACUAAAAUCUCAAACAAUUUGCUACAUUUCAUGGGUUAUUAAAAGGACGAUAUAGUUGGUAAGAAUAUUGAACAGAUCAUGCCUUAACCUUACUCUGAAACUCAUAAGAAUUAUGUAUCAAAUUUCUUUGAAAGAGGUAACUCAAUGAGCAAUUUAAAAAAUUAAUUACUCUUUUGCGUCACCUAAUCAAACCAUAUUAUACCUAUCCAGCUUGACAUUAAAGUCAAUAUGAUUCGUUAAGAUAAAGAAUUUGGAAUUACAUCCUAUAUAAAAAGACAGAUAAAUCCACGCCAAUACAUCUUAAUAGAUGCUUCGAACUCACGUCUUGUAUCUAUGACUCAAGAAAUAAAUCUAUUUUGCUUUCCUCAGAUCUAGAAUUUCAAUAAAAUUUUAAUGACUUCUUAUUUCCCAUUUAUUUAACAUUUUAGGUAAAUAUUUGCAAAUAGCUCUUCGAAUCCUCUAUCAAGAACAUCACAAUACACAUUCAAUUCAGCAAAGUCCAAAUAGAUAGCUUCAAAUUUAUCAAUACGGUCUAUAGUCAAUGAUAACAAGGCAUCGAAAUAAAAGAAAAAUGAAACCAUAUCUGCUAGACCAUAAGAAAAGGAAUCAGCAAAACCGAAUAAAUUAAAAGAUUAGGCAAACAGGACUUCAAUGUAUAAUAAAAAUCCAGCAAACAAAAAAGAAUCUAAGCCAUCAACAAAUAAUAAACUUGGAGUUUAGAACUCAUAAAAUAAAAACCAUAAUGAAUUAGCUGAAAUGUAUGAAGAAAGUGAUGAUAGAAGAUAUAGGAAUAUUUAAUACUUGCUGAUUGUAGGCUCAUAAAAUAAUAUGCUUUCAACUAAAUCAAAAUCGGUCUAAGGAAUUAGCGAUUACAUGUUUUUUACUAUGAAUUUAAAUGUCUAUACUGUUCCCUCCGAAGGAUUAGAGCAUUUAAAAUACAUUGAAAUUAGCUAAAUUAAAUAAAUAAAUCCUCUCUAUAACGCUAAACUCAUCUUACAAGUAUACAAUGAUGAAAUUGAAGGUUUUCUAACGAAUAUUCAUAAUUUAAGAAACGCAGAUGUUUAAUGCAUCAUUUCUGAAUUAGAAAUCAAAGGUUUUAAAGAUUCUACUAGAAGAUAGGAUGUUUAAAAUGUUGUUGAGGAAUAAUACUCUGAUCGUCUGCUUAACAGUAAGCAUGAAAAUUAAGAGAUACUUUUUAAUAGAUACGAAUAAGAGAAAGAUAAGACUAAGAUGUUAAGCUCAGCAAAUUGGUAAGAAUAAGAUUAAAUAGUUAAAAAACGUGAAUCCAAUUUAGAUGAAUAAUAAAUAAACUAAAAUUUUUAAUCUUUGGUAAAAAGUAAUUUAUCUUUUAUGGAUAAUGCCAUCCAUAUAAUUAAAGAAUCUGAAGAAGAAGGAAAAAAUAUUUUGGAAGAACAACAUAAAUUCACAUAAAAAAGAAAAUCAGAAUUUAUUUCUGUAUAGAAGGUCCAAAAUGACAGUAUUUGGGAAAAGGAAUCAGAUAAUAAAGAAAAGAAGUAUGGGAUAGAUUCUAGCUAGUAUUAAUUUAUUAAGAAAGGGAGUGAAGAAGUUCAGCAAAGUUUUGCAGUUUUCUAAAAGCAGAGCCAAAAUAAUUAAGAGCUAAGCGAUUCUUUCUUCUAGUCACCAAAUAUUAGUUAACAUCCAGUUUUAAUUAAUUAGUAUUCAUAAAAUUAAAAUUAAAAUUUAGAUAAUUCUGCUAGUGUUCUUAAAGUUCAAGAAGCCUUUGAUUCAAGGGUUAUUCCUUACCCACUAACACCAGAAUCUACUGCUGCUCAAGGCUUUACUUAAAAUUAGAAUUAGCAUGCUAAAUUUUUUAAGUUUAAUGGUUAAGAAUAAAAUUCAAACUUGGAUAUUUCAAAAAAGUAAAAUGAAGUAGCACAAUUUUUUUCACCAAAAGGAGAGUUUUUUUCUCCUAAAGAUUUGGGUAGUUAGCACAUUUUAAUGAAUAAAAGUACUACUAUAUUGAGUCCUUAAAAUAACAAUUUGACGAAUUCUAAAUAAUUCGCAUAAUUUGUUACAAUGGAUAGAGACAUGAAUAACCAAAGCUUUGAAGUCUAAUAAAUGGGAAAAAAUUUCUUUAAAAGCCAAAAUUUUUUUGCUAAGCGAUAAAAUACCCAAAGCGUCCACUCUUUAUCAAAGAAGAGAAAAUAAAUUUAGAUUGCUUAAAAAAAAGAAAUCAAAAAUCUCAAAGACGCCCUUGAAACAUCAUCAAAUCACUCAAGAGAAUCUACUUAAAGCAGUAACCGCUAAACAACCAAAACUAUUAUUUUAUAGAAAUACACUUUAAAUAUCAUGAAGAUUGUAAAUUUGAUUGGUAUUGCUAGUUUUUUAAUUAUAAUUGUUGUUGUGCUUUAGUAAUAUCUUGCAAUGAAUUCUUCAUUUUCUAGUUUUAAUUUAGAUUUAAAUAUUCUCAACUGGGCUCCUAAAUAUCAAGUUUCUAUUUACUAGAUAAGAAAAUUUUAUAACUUGAAUGCUCUUAAUAAUAUGAAAAUUUUUUAGCUUUCAUCUGAUCCUAAUUAAUUCAUAUAAUUUGGAACCAGUGCUAGGACUAAUUUAAUUAAUUAUGUAAUAGAUGUCAAAAACUUGUUAUUAACACUUGAAAAUCAAGCUCCAGAACGUUAAUUAGUAUAAAACUUGUUAUACACAAAUUAUAUAUUUAAAUAGCCUUCUGUAGUAGACAGAACGAUUCCACUAAAUUAGUAACCAUCAAAUCAAUUAUUUAAUAAUGUAAACAUGACAGUUACUCUAUAUACUGGUGCACUUAGAGUCUAUGCUUUUCUUUUUAGAUAUUCCAGAGGUUUAGGGCAAGGAACUGCUCUUUGGGCAGUAGUUAAUAAUGCAGAAUAAAUCAUUACUGGAAUGCUUUAAGCAACUCAAAAUUGCUAAGAUUAUUCAAUAAAUUAACUAGAUUCUAUUGGAAACAAUGUGAAUAAUGUCUUAAUUAUUAUCUGCAUUGUUUCUGCUCUUUGUAUUUUUAUCAUUAUUCCAGUAUAUGCUUUUAUACAAUUGAAGAGAGAGUAAAUUAUAUAGCUAUUUGGAACAUUUAAUACUCAAUACAUAGAUAUUUCAAUUAAAGAAAUAUCUAAAUUUUACUCUUAAAAUAAUAAUAUUAAAUCAUUGAAUUUCUAAAGUCAGAACCAUGAAAAUCAGAAAAGAUAAAACCUUAGCUCUACAUCAAGGAUUAAUAGAAUCAAUAACAAAAUUAUUAUAUUAGCUUUUUUUGUCUUUUGCUUAACUCUUCCAUAUCCAAUUUUAAAUAAAGUGCUUUCAAAUAGAUACAUAACCUAAAAUCAGUAGAGCCUCCCUAUGAUAUCUGAGUUAUAUACAGUUUAGUCAUUUGUGUUACAGUAAUUAGCUACUUCUUUGUUUGCUUUGAAUUAUAAAAACACUCCAAAUAGUCCAUAUAAGUUAAGUAAUUAUAUCUCUUCCUAUUAAGAUAGUUUUAAUAAAAUGAGUGGUAUACAAGUUGAUUUUCAAAAUGCUUAUACUAGUUUCAUGAAUGUUUAGAUGUUCGAUCAAGACUCCUUCCAAAAUUUUUUUUUGAGUGUCUUUUCAAGUGAUAUAUGUAAAAUUUCAUAAAAAUAUCCAACAUAUUUUUAAAUACAAAAUGCUACUUUCACUACACAAGGAUGUCCUUAAGUUUUUAAUGGUGUUUUAUAACAAGGACUAUAAAUAGCUUUAAAAACAUAUUUUUAGAUUUAUACUGAAUUGUAUCCAGCCAUUAUUGAUUAUAAUAUCACUUCUAUGAAUUAAAGAUUUGCUUAAUUUUAAAAAAAUUAUGACCUUUAAGAUUAUUUAAAUUUGCAGCAAUAUAUAACAGACAUUUUAGAAGCUUAGUGUCAGUAUUUAUUUUAAUAAAGCCUUUUGCAUCGAGACUUUUUGAAUAAAGUUCUUAUUGGUCUUCUUUUCUACCAAAUAGUAAUGAUGUGUUGUAUUUUUUAUUUUGGAUGGGUUCUUUUCUAUUAAACUAUGGAUUAGUAUCUUCAUAAGACAAAACUAUAUUUGGCUCUUCUUAAUAUAAAUUACUUAGUGUCAAAUCCUUAUAUCUAAAAUUAUUUACACAAAUCAUUAGUUUGA